ACUUCCGGGUAGCUUAGCUAGUUGUCGCUGAGGAACACCGUAACAUUUUUUGACAAUGACAAGACUUGUAUAGCUAAAAUAUCAGCAUAAACAUGAAUAUCAUAUUGUUAGUUGCUUUUCUCGGUCCUUGUUGUGUUUAUAGCGCAAUUAAGUCCAGAAUAACAGCAGAAGAUAAUAACGAAGAAAACCCGGAGUUAGAUAUUCUGAACUCCAUGCUGUUAGAUUAUGAAGUGCUGCCUUUGUCGGAUUUCCAGCAGCACUCUGUGAAAAAGAGGGACGUCCACACCCAGUCCCAUCUAGAACGUCUGGUGAGCUUCAGAGCGCUGCACAGAAAUUUCAAGCUGUACCUGACCACAAACACAGACCUUUUUACUGACAAAUUCAAAGCUGUGUUUGUUGAUAAACACGGAAAGGAGGAAAACUUCGAUGUUCAGCUUCAGAACUACUUCACUGGACAUGUUGUUGGGGAGGAAAAUUCACGUGUGCAGGCACACAUAGAUGGAGAUGAGUUUUCUGCUCACAUCCUCACAGAUAAAGUAGAAUACAAUGUAGAGCCCCUGUGGAGGUUUACAGAUUCUUCAGCUGAUGGCAGGUUGCUGGUUUACCGCUCAGACGAUAUCAGAAAUCUGAGCCGCAUUGUUUCUCCAAAAGUAUGUGGUUACAUCCACGCAGAGGCCGAGGACCUUCUGCCUCAGACUACCAGGAGCAGCUGGGAUGGUCAUGAGAAGGCAGCCCUGGAAAACGAAUACCUUCACAGAGAGAAGAGAGAAGAUCAUGACCAUAGGAAGAAUACCUGCCCCCUGUUGCUGGUUGCAGACUAUCGCUUCUUUAGACACAUGGGUCGCGGACAAGAGAGCGUCACUAUCAACUACCUGAUUGAGCUGAUUGAUCGAGUUGAUGACAUUUAUAGGAACACCACAUGGGAUGAUGAAUUUAAAGGCUAUGGGGUCCAGAUCCAUCAGAUUAUCAUCAAUAAAGAGCCAACACAGCCUCCUCCUGGUAAAACUGGCAGCUGGGUCCACUAUAAUAUGGAAAACAGCCCUGUGAAAGGAAAGGAGGUCUGGGAUGUGAAGAAACUUUUGGAGCAAUUCAGCUCGGACAUAGCUGACAACGCCUCUGCGGUGUGCCUUGCUCACCUCUUCACCUACCAGGAUUUUGAUGAGGGGACGCUGGGUCUUGCCUAUGUCGCCCCAUCCAAAGCUCAGGCCUUGGGUGGUCUGUGUUCAAAACCUUACUACCCAUCUCAUUCUGCCAAGAAGCCCAGUUACCUCAACACAGGCCUGACCAGCACCAAGAACUAUGGCAAAACCAUCCUCACAAAGGAAGCAGAUUUGGUGACCACUCAUGAACUGGGUCAUAACUUUGGAGCUGAACACGAUCCUGAUAACAUCCCUUACUGUGCUCCGAGUGAUGACCUUGGGGGGAAGUUUGUUAUGUACCCCAUUGCUGUGAGCGGAGACCAUGUUAACAACAAGCGCUUCUCCAACUGCAGCAAGAUCUCAGUUGGAAAGACUUUGCGUCUUCAGGCUCCUGUCUGCUUUAAGGAGAGGAACAGUAAAGUUUGUGGGAACUCCAGGGUAGAGAAAGGGGAGGAGUGUGACCCUGGGUUACUCCAUCUCAGUGAUGAUCCCUGCUGCACUUCCGAGUGCAAGUUCAAACGUGGAGCACAGUGCAGUGACAGAAACAGCCCAUGUUGUAGGAACUGCAGGUUUGAGGUGGCAGGAAAAAGAUGCCAGGAAGCCAUCAAUGCCACCUGUAAAGGCAUUUCUUCUUGCACAGGAAACAGCAGUCGGUGUCCACCUCCUGCAAAUGCUGCUGAUGACACAGUGUGCGUUGACAACGGACGAUGUCGCAAUGGGGAGUGUAACCCCUUUUGUGAGGCCGUAAAGGGCCUUAAAUCCUGUGCUUGCAAUGACACGGAUGACUCCUGCAAAGUAUGCUGCAGGGGAAAAGAUGGAAUCUGUACUCCCUUUAUCCAGUCCAACGGCAGUUUUAUUUUCCUUCGUAAAGGCAAACCCUGCACUGUGGGCUUCUGUGACGGAGGCGGAAAGUGCAUGAAGCAGGUGCAAGAUGUGAUUGAGAGGUUGUGGGAUUUUAUUGACAAGCUGGAUAGUAACACAUUCCGGAAAUUUUUGGCGGAUAACAUAGUAGGCUCAGUUGUGGUGUUUUCCCUCGUCUUUUGGAUUCCUCUCAGUAUCCUGGUUCACUGUGUGGACAAACGACUUGACCAGCAAUAUGAAGAGAACACAAAGACAUUUUACUGCCCUCCAAGUCAGAUGGUGGAGGUUUGUAGUAGAGCUCCUGCCAUAGAAUCAAGACAUGUUAAGCAACAUCGAAUCAGCGUCCGUCCGCAUCGUCAAGCCUCCUCCGCCUCACUCCUCCUCCGCCGGCCGGACCGCGCCCUCCUCCCAGUUCAUACAGCCUCAGCAGCUGAGUCAGGUCAGGGCCCCUCCAGCAGCCAGUUGCAGCAAUACCCAGGACCCCGGCCUGAGCUGCGGCGCCACCCUGGACAGCGCAGGGGGGCGAAUGGCCACCAUCCAGGAGGACACCAGCAACGACUCUCACCUGGGAGAGGAGGGCCUGUCGGACGAUUUCACAACCGCAGAAGCCUGCUCGUUGGCUAUGAAAUCCUCCUACGAGGAUCUGACAGAUCAGAAAGCAUCUGCCAGGGACCGGCGGCGCCUCAAGAGGCAGGACUGCAUUGACACGAAAGAGACAGAGUGCUGAGUUGAAACAAGCAGCCCAUUUUAGUUAAAGAACAUAAAAGAAAACAAAAACAAACGUAUCCUAAUUGGAAACAAAUAUGUGAAGCAAAAUACAGACAGUUGUUGUAUAAAGUAACAGCAGGCAUCUUCUGUAAGUCAGAUUUUAUCGUAACAUUUUUUUUUUCUGUCACCUGUUUAAUUAAACCAUUACCAGGAGUUUGAAAUCCGUUUAACUCCUGGUUCACAUUUCUGUGCCUUGUUAGUUGAAGACUGAGAGAUCUGAGAAGAUCUGUUGACAUAAAUGUGCCGCAGACACCUCUUAAACACAUAAUUUAAUGGCAAUUUUGGAUCAAAAAGGUUUCUGAAUAUAGAAUUAUAUCAGAAAUAUGAAAGUAAUGUACACUGAAAUGCAGUAAGCAAUGUUAAUGGCUCCCUUGUGAGGGGUAAAAAGUAACACUCCACAUAUUAACUGGGUGUUUUCCAGUGAAGAAAACAUUUCAGUGAGAUAUGUUGUGGAGAUGGACACAGGAUUUAAAAUGUUACUGUCUUUUAUCUCUUAAAACUGCACUAAGUGUUUUUAUUAUCACUGGAGCAUUUAAAGUUUGUGUUAAUGGUUUUCUUUAUGAAUUAUAAACUUGUUUGGUAUCUGACCGCUCUGUGUAUAUGAUGCAGCUUUAGAUGCAUAAAUGUCAUAUCAACUGUUUGAGGUUCCAGUAACACGAUGGUUUAAAAAUUGGCCUCUUGUACUAAUUCCUGCACAAACCAAAAAAUGGUGCUUUUUUUUUGUGGAUUUUAUGCCUAAUGUUCCAUUCUCACUUAUUCUUGUGAAGGAAUAAAUGAACUGUUUCCAGCAGAUAAAUAUUACAUGAUCUAAAAUUGAUUUUGAACCUGAAUUCUCAGAUGAUUAUUUUUCUGUACUUGUGCCAAAUGACCUCCACAUGUCUUUAGCUUAUGUCGUAUGUUAACAUUGUAAUAAUUUUAAAAUUAGUGUAGGUCAAGAAAAAGUGUUUUUU